CCGCACGAGCGCUCCACACACUACAAUAACAAUGUUUUUAUCUGAAAAACUUUACUGUUUGGCUUUAACAUAAAGGUUGCUUGUCGUUACUGCACCAAGGACUUGUUUCUUAAUGUGUUUUUUUUUUUCCCCAUGCAUGGCCGGAUCUGAGGGAUUUACAGGGAAUUGAUGCCUGUUGAAGCGCAGCUUUUUCUGAACUCUUUAACCCCAGGAUCAUGACAGAAAGACUUUGAGUCUGGAUGUUGUGCUGAGGUGAGAGGAGAGAGGGCAUCGAGUUCAGAAAGCAUCAAGCAGCACAAGCAGCAGCACAGUGGCUCCUCCUUCAGGCCGGUCUGUAGAGGUGCUGCAUGGCCACGAGCCCGACACACUGCAGCACGCAUGAGCACGGCUGGACGGUGAAGUCGCAAUCAAGCAGCAAGACACAUGAUAUGGAGGUCAGAGGUCACAUAAUCACUGGGCCUGAGCUGCAGGGCUCCACGGACACUAAGCAGCGUGCUGAACGAAUGGUGGAGCUGCAGGAGAGACGGAGGAGCCUUCAGGCUUUACUCAGCACCCGCCUGGCUGAACUCAGGCGUGUGUGUCUCCAGGAGGCGGAACUGACUGGAGAGCUUCCGAACGAGUUCCCUUUAGACGCAGGAGAAAACCCCCCUCACGUGCGGAGAAGAGUCGGCUCGGCCCGCUCCGGCUCCAAGAGCAAUUCAAAAAGCGAGGAGGAAGAUGCGUCUCAGCACAGAUCGAAAAAGACUCUGUUCAGCGGCGCCCUCCGCAGGCACGUCGAAGCUGAGCAACAGCCGGCUCACGGAAAGAGGACGACAGUUCACAGAGGAUGUCACACAGAGAACACAGUGAGGUCUGAGAGCAGCUCCACGUCCGACUCCACCAGCCAGGAGACCGAGGAGCUCUCUAAUGGUCCGUCCCCCUCUCAGCCCCGGCUGGUCCCGGGGAGCCCAGACAGCAGGUUCUGUCGGAAACUCUCCCCCGUGGAGAUCUACUACGAGAUGAAAACCAGACGCAACUCUGUGUCCAGCUCAGCUAGCCCGAGUCGCUCUCUCCCGCGGAGUGUGUCCAAUCUGGAGGGGAGAAGCGUCCCGGCGACGCCCCAGUUGACCCGGAACGGCCCGAUCGGCGUGCAUGUCAGGUCUGAAUCCUCCAGCAGUACUUCGGCAUUAAAGCAGCGAUCAGAUAAUCCUGAAGUAACCCAAGCGGUGCCUGUUUCAUCUCAGGAUGCUUUUUCCCCUGGGCACUUGGGGUGUGCUUACAGCGCCCAAACACGACGCAGCAACAGCUCUGACGCGCUGCUGGACCGCUGUGUGGAUGAAGGUCAGAUAUCAGGUCCUAUGGUCCGGAACGGUUCUCACAAGAGCUCCGAGGCGCUGCUGGAUUGCCGUUUGAAACAGGUGAACGGACACGCGGAGGUGACCCGCGUCCGGUCUAUAUCAGGCGGCCGUGGCACGAGCGGCUCCAGCGGAGGCUACAGUGAUGUCCUGCUGGACUACGUGUGGGGGAAGCAGCAGAAGAUGCAGCAGAUGGUGCAGCAGCAGCAGCAGCAGCAGCAGCAGCAGAGACUGCAGGCUCAAAACAGUAUAAAAGCACGAGCCUGGCACGAAGUGCCCCCUGUACCCCCUCCACCUUACGUGAACGGCUUUUCUUCCUCAUCUCAGGGCCUGAUUCUGGCCUCAGGACCUCCAGCCUACAGCCCACUGAUGCUGCGGGGUAAACCGGGUGAACCUCGGCGGGUCAAGGUCAGCCGAACCAAAUCCUGCGGGCCGUUCAUUCCCGUCCAGCAAGGUUACGCAGAGAUCCCUGUUGCUAACGGACACAACGGAGUGGGACAGUUUCAACCCCGGCAAAGACCCCCUAACUACAGCACAGACCUGUCUUCUGGCUCCACCCCCCAGGAUGAACCUACGCGCAACCUGCACAAGGCCCUGGCGCUCGAGGGUCUAAGGGACUGGUACCUGCGCAAUGCACUGGGGCAGCCGGGCACGGCGUGCACCGGGAAAGGCCAGGAGGGGGCGCCGCCUCCGCGCAGACGAACCACAGCCUCGCUGCACCCUUCACAUCCACCACUUAAACAACAGGCACAGUCGUUUCAGGGAGACACGGCGUACACACAUCUGCCCCAGUCCGCUACGUUCCAUGGACAUCCGUUACGGUCUGCGGAUUUUUCCCCGUACCAAGACACCUUCUCUUCCAAAAUGGAGGACUUGACCUUGAAGGAGACGAAUAAUGACAGACCCAGUCCUGGCACACUCGUCUAACACACACACACACACACACACACACACACACACACACACACACACACACACACAAAAGUGCAUAAACGCUGGAACAACAAGAAGAGGCUUGUUUUAUAGACAAUAUGGAGUCCUAACCAGAACCCAGUAGCUCUGAUGUAAACACAUAAUCCUGUUCUUACAGAUCACACUUAAAAAAAAAAAAAAAAAAAGAA